GACGAAGAGCGGAAGCGAGGCGGCUGUACUGUUUCGGUGACCGGGCGGCGGCGGCGGCGACGAAGACUGUGUUGGUGUCGGCGGCCGGAAUAGGCGCUGCCCUCGGGAAGCAGCAGCGGGGUCGGCGGCCGCUCGCAGUGCUGCGAAGGGGCGGGCCGGGCGCAGAGCGGAGCAGCUGCGCCACGGGUGGCAUUGUGUGUCCCGGAGUGCAGGAGCGAGUUCCAGAGGAGAGGCGAGCCUGAUCCCAGAGCGCUGGGUUGCUUCAGCAGGGAAGCCUCCCUUCCCCCUGCUUUAGGCUGCUGACACUGAGCAGCGCUCAGAAUGGAAGCCAUCGCCAAAUAUGACUUCAAAGCUACUGCAGACGACGAGCUGAGCUUCAAGAGGGGGGACAUCCUCAAGGUUUUGAAUGAAGAAUGUGAUCAGAACUGGUACAAGGCAGAGCUCAAUGGGAAAGACGGAUUCAUUCCCAAGAAUUACAUAGAAAUGAAACCACAUCCGUGGUUUUUUGGCAAAAUCCCCAGAGCCAAGGCAGAAGAAAUGCUUAGCAAACAGCGGCAUGAUGGGGCUUUUCUUAUCCGAGAGAGUGAGAGUGCUCCUGGGGAUUUCUCCCUCUCUGUCAAGUUUGGAAAUGAUGUGCAGCACUUCAAGGUGCUCCGGGAUGGAGCCGGAAAAUAUUUCCUCUGGGUGGUGAAGUUCAAUUCUUUGAAUGAGCUGGUAGAUUAUCACAGAUCUACAUCCGUCUCCAGAAACCAGCAGAUAUUCCUCCGGGACAUAGAACAGGUGCCACAGCAGCCGACGUACGUCCAGGCCCUCUUUGACUUUGACCCCCAGGAGGAUGGAGAGCUGGGAUUCCGUCGGGGAGACUUUAUCCACGUCAUGGAUAACUCAGACCCCAACUGGUGGAAAGGGGCUUGCCACGGGCAGACCGGCAUGUUUCCCCGCAAUUACGUCACCCCCGUGAACCGGAAUGUCUAAGAAUGAAGAAGAGAUUAUUUAAAGAAAGUGAAAAAUUGUAAACACAUAACAAAAGAAUGAAACCCACAAGCUGCCUGUGACAGCAGCAGCCUGUGAGGGAGCUCAGAAGGCCUGGCUGGGUCACUCGGUGAUCCUCUCACUUUGGUUGGAACUUUGGGGGGUGGGGAGGGGGCGUUGGAUAUAAAAAUGCCAAAACUUAACUAUAAAUUAAGAGAAGAAUUUUUAUUAUAAAUUUUCACCACUGCUCCUGUUUCUCCUCCUUUGUCCUUUUUUUCAUCCUUUCUCUCUUCUGUCCAUCAAUGCAUGCAUGACAUUUAAUGCCACAUAGAGUCCUAGCUGAUGCCAAUAAUAAAAGAAACCAAGUGGGCUGGUAUUUUCUCUAUGCAAAAUGUCUGUUUUAGUCAGAAUGACUGAAGAACAGCCACUUCUGUGUCCCCAGAGUAUUACAAAAGCAGAGGGUAGGGGAGCAUGAGGCCUUUGCUAUGUAGCUUCUGCUAGAGGGGAGUGCAAGUAGGAAUCUGCCUCCCACCCCAACCCCCAGUGGAUGUUGUCAAAGCUGGAAAUAGUGCGGGGAUCAGAGGAAGAAGUGUCGCCCCUCAUGGCUUCCUGAGUCAGGCUCAACACCUUUGUCUCUUUUCUGCAUUGUUUUCCCUUCCAAGUGGUAUUAUUGAGCAUGUUUUUCAUAGUGCCUUUUUCCUUAUUUCAUGGUUGCUUAUGAGUGGUGUUUUUUAUUUGUUCUGUUUUAAAAUAAGUUAAAGACAGUCCAGAGCUUUUCAGCCAAUUUGUCUCCCACUCUGUAAAUAUUUUUCCCUCAUGGGGAGGGGAAACAGGGUGGCGAGGAGGCAAGCAGAAGAGGAUGUGGGUGUUCCGCCCGCCCUACAGCCAGAAAUCUUUAAGGUUCAGCUUUAAUAGGUGUCAGCCCUCUGGAGUUCAAGGGAGCCCGGUGCCCAGGCAUCUGGAGUCACUGCACUGGGUACAGAGCGACCAGCUGCCUAGGGAGGAGGAGGGGUUACAGUCCUUCCCACAUCUGACCUGCUUUGGCUGGAAGGGUCCCCCGCCUCCUUAACUCUGGAGACCCCCAGACACACAUCCCUGGAGCCACCAAGUUUCAAAUACAGGAAAGCCCACAGAGCUUAAACUGUCACCUUUGAACUGUAUCAAGUUAUACUGUAUCCCUACGCUGGGGUAGAAAAUGAGUUUUCGUUUUUGUUGAUCUGAAAAUAAGGGGGUAUCCGUUCAUGGCUUUCACCUUCCAUGCCCCCCACCUCUCCUGCCCCAGUGAGCGGCUUUCAAGCAGCAGCUGGGUGCUCGUGUCUCCAUGGACAGGGACUGUUCAUAGUUAAUACCACCCUACCCCUUGAAAAGGAAAUGUCUCUGAAUCAGGAGGUGGAAGGCAUAGGAAGGCUGAGUGCAUUGCGGAGCUCUUGUCGGACGCCUGUUAGCUUCUUGUCUCUCACAGUGAUGUGCUUUUGAACUUUCCACCCAGUCUCCCUCCCACAACAAAAAUGGGGCCACCUGGGAACUGGUGACAGCCGUCAGGCCCUGAAGUGGUCGGUUGGGGUCCCCCUGGACUCUGGUUAUGGAGGUGGGCCUGGAGCACCCAGAGGCGCGUGUGGCACCGUGCUUCUGGACAGGCCGUUCCGCCCCUCCUCGCUCCCUUGCUGAGAGCUAGCUGCUCCUUUCCUCGCUGGUGAUGAAAGGAAUCUGGCAUUCUACCCCUGGACCAUUUGAUUGUUUUAUUUUGGAAUUGGUGUAUAUCAUGAAGCCUUGCUGAACUAAGUUUUGUGUGUAUAUAUUUAAAAUGUUUAAAUAAAGACCUAUGUACUUAAUCCUUUAACUGCAGAUAGCAUUUGGUAGGUAGUGAUUAACUGUGAAUAAUAAACAUACAAUGAAUUCUC